ACUCCCCAGUUUCUAAAAUGGCGUCCGAGGUAAACUUCCAGCAUAAAGAAUACUUAAUACUCGGCUUAUUUUUAUAAUUGAUUUUCUUAAAAAUAUCACCCCCAUUAUCUGUCGUUUGCCUAUCUUUUUUAAAAUAAUAAUUAUAAUGUGUUGUGGUAAACUGAAACUUUUGAAUCUGCAGUCAAAUUGUUUGACUUAUUUGCCUAAAAAAAUAAUUUUUAUUAUUAUUUAUUUUAUUAGUAUUAGUAUUAGUCAUUAGGUUUUCUUUUUGUUCUCUCUUAUUCAAAAUCUUCCAUAUAUUAAGGGCCCACGAACAACAAUGCAUUGUUGUUGUUUUUUUUUACGAAGCCUUUUUUUUUAUGCUGGCUCCUAUUUAUGUAGAGGGGAUUUGCAAUGUUUCUGUGCCUUUUAUUGAAGAGGAUAUUUCACUGGUUGCAAGGGCUACUCAGCGAGGAUAUCAUGAAUGAACUGGGGAUUGGAAGGUCUGAGGCGAUACCAUAGUAGACGCAAAUGUUGUGGCCUCAACCAUGGGCGCCCGCAAGAGGGGGCACUUGCCCCCCUCAGAUUGAUUGGAUAAAAAAUUUUUAGACAAAAAUAGACAAAAAAUGUAUUUAAGUAAAGAGAAAAUAAAGAGAAAGUAACUAAGCUGAUGUCCUGUCCGUUCGUUCAUAUACAAAUAUGCUACAGUAAAUUAAAACUACAUUAAAACAUUACUAAAAAUUUUUGCUCACCAACACAUACAAAAUCACAUUGGCAGGAUUUUUUAGUAUUAAUUGCUUAAUUAACUUAAACUUAAUAAGAAUAAGUCAUCAGUGUCAGUAGUAAGGUACUAGUUUUUAACCCAUUAGGGCCAAAUUUGUAGGCAGCACUAGACAGGCUCUAUAAGUAUAGACUAUUAUAAUUAUUAUUAUUUGAUUGCAAAUAGUUGCACUAGUUAGGUAAUGAACUAAGUUAGUAGAGUAGGCUGUUCCUACGCAACCGUUUCAUCCUAGCUACUUUGUCAACUAUUUGUGAGGUUGAAACCCACUGUAGAAAAUCAUAUUAAAGGAUGUCUGAUGCUUCCCUGGGAUGGGCAGGGGGAGAUAUCAGGGUCUAAAUACACCAUUCUGACCCCUGGGAAAGUAGACUGCUGAUGUUGUGAGAGCAACAUCACCGUCCAACCAGAUGUCUUUAGGCUGUCUUUUUAUUUCACACUAACAUUAAAAAUUCACAAUAUAAAAUAAGUAUUGAAAUAAAAAAAUCGUCAUGAUCCUAUAUACUUCAUAUACUUUAUAAUCCAGACAGAUGCACGAUAGUUGUUCCAAUUCAAUGUGAUGUAACUUAAAACAAUCCUACAUACUUUAGCGCACUUCUUGACCAUUCGAAUCUCUAUAUCUAUUUCCUUCCUCUCUCUCUGGGCAUGACAUCCAAAAAUCUCAUCUUAAUACUUAAAAUAACAAAACAAUCUAUUCUUAUAAAUAUACAGCUGUUACAAUUAUCAGUACCAUGAGUAAUGCCUAAAAAAUUAUUUUCAAAAUCACUUUCAUAAAAAUGAAAAUCAUGUUUUUGUUUUGAAAGAUUAACAUCUUAGUCUUACAUAUACAAGAUUUUUUUAACAAAAUCCAUACCCAGCCAAAAUGGCAUUUUUACAGCUCGUGGGUUAAUUUGCUACAUUUGCCUCGUAGGCAUUGUUGUUCUACAAUCCCCCUGGCCCCUGCAUAGUAAAGAUGGAACAUUAGGCCUGGUAUUGCUAUCCACACAGUUAAAAGUGAGCAGUGCAGAAGCAUUGAUCUCUGUCCAUCGCAUUUUUGCUUGAAGUGCCUAUACUAUAAAAUAUAAACUUAUAAAUGAAAGACUACAGUUAUUUAUACUGUUUUAAUUAUGGUUACCCACUGUGCUUUCAGAGUGUGGGUUUGGAUGAUAUAAUGGCUACCCUCAUGUCCAUGGGGUUUGAGUUUAGUGAUUGUCACGAAGCAAUUACAAAUGGUAAACUAACUGUUCAAGCAGCAAUUGAUUGGUAGGUAAUAAAAUAGUGGACCUUGUUCUAAUUAAUUGUAGUAAUUACAAACAAGCCUAUUUGUAUUUUUUGUACUAAUUAACUAAUCAACCACUUUUUGGGAUGCCUUUAAUCAUCAAGGCCUAAAACUAGUAGUAUUUUUAUUUUAUUUUUCAACUUUACUGCAUGAAAUGAAUGAACUAUUUUUUGUAAAACAUACUUUUUUUGUAUAGUAAAGGUCACAUCAGUUUUAUGUAUUUAUGUAACUUUAAAAUGUAGCAACAAUUCUUAAAAAUAUUCUUUACAUCAUAAAAAUGCAUGGUAUAAUAAUAAAAAAUAUUUUGAUUUAUUAAAAUUAACAUGACUAUUAACAAUUAGCUGAAUACCAUGUAUAAUGACCUGGUCUUCAAAAAAAAUUGAAGCAAUUUACUUUUUAUUUGCAGGAUUCUUGCAGGCAAGCCAGGUAAUGUUGCUGCUACUCAAACGACUUUAAAGUUGAACAAGGUUGGUAGUUAAAAUUGUUAACAUUUUCAUGCACUUUUCAAUUAAUAAAUCUAUUAGUUGUGUUUAAAUAAAUUUCCAUGAAAAAUUUUUUUUUUAAAAAAUGAAAGGUAGAAACAAUCUAAGAAAAUGUCUUAAUUCACAUAACAAAUGGAUGUGGUUUGAUAACAAAGGGAAAUCAAUCUAUUCUCCUCCAUAUGUAUUCAUUCCAUGGUAUUUUUAGUAUGGAGUGCACUAGAAAUUGAAAAGCCUGAAAUCUAUGUAUGAUCGUUGUCAAUAUAUGUUGGCACAGGGAAAUGGUCUCAUUUAUAUCUCUAAUGUUAAAUACCCUUGUCAUAGAUAGUAUGGUAACAAAUGGCUUGAUAUUCAUUGCUAUGGAAUCAAGACAAAGUUGAUUGUUGUUUAUAUUAAUUUAAGGCCUCUCUUGAUUAGUCACCCAACUGAUCAGUUUUUUUUUUAUUUAUAACAUAACAGAUUUUCUUGUUUAACCCUAUAACUGUCAAGAACAAAUUUUUAUAGCACCAAGCCAUUUUUAGCAAUUUCAUAUGCUUGUCAAAAAUCCCAGACUAAAUGAAUUCAGAGACUCUUUUGAGUAUACAUUUUCUGAAAGGACAUUGGACAAGGUAUCUUAUGGUAUGAAAAGAAUUUGUUUUUAUAUUAUAUAUGUUGAUAUUGACCUUGACUUUUACAGAGUGAGUAAAAUUUUAGCACUCAACUUCUGAAUUCAACCCACCCUAAAAACUCCAUAAAUUGUUCUAACGAUCAUAAAAUCAUGUUUUGGAUAUACCAGAAGCAAUAUUCUUUCAGAAAAUGCCAAGUUAUAGUUACUUAUUGUAAUUUUUGUGAUAUUUGUGAAUUAUUUCAUUCACUACCUUCAAAUUUCUGUCAUACAAAAUACAAUGGGGAAGGCACGAAUGAGUUCAAAUAUUACUUUUCAUUUGAAGUUAUUAAAUCCAUUUUUUAUUAAUUAAUACUCCAGAACAUAAAAAAACAUAAAAUCUUAGGGGUAGAUCCAUGGGAUCAAAUCUGUGUCCUUUUUCUGUUCAAUUUCCACCCUUUCGGAAAAGGAAUGUGUCUGUAACAAUACGACUAAGCUUAGGAAUAAAAUUGUCGAUAUCUGACACUUAUCUCAACAUCACCACUAGAGUCAAUGCUGUCAUUACUAGCACAUGGGAUAUCUCUGAUAUCUUUGCUUUCAUUUCAAUAUAUUUUAAAUAAUUCCAAUAAAGAAAUUCUGUGUUACUUUUGAAAUCCCAAAGGGGGCCCACUCCCGGUGAAAAAAGUUGAGAAAAUUUCCCACCUGAUUAAUCACAAAAAUAGUCCCUAGUUAAAAGCAUGUAAAAACACUGAUAGUAAUAGAAAUAGGAAGCAAACUCAUUUACAUAGAGUGAUUUCCCCUUUAACAAUAUACAUUAAAUCAAUUCGCACUUUUAAUGACGAUUUUGCUUAUGGCCGAUUAUAAUGGCCACGACACCACAUAAACUGGAAUGACAGCAGAUCAUCAGCCACUAUGACAGUAAUAGGGUUAAAAAAACAAAUAAUUUUUUUGAAAAUUUAAAAGCUUGUGGUUCAGAUACCUUUGUGUUAAUGAAUGGUUGCAAUUUUGGAAAAAUACUUUUUACUUAACCCUAAUUAUGUAUGAAAAUCUAAUUUUCAAUUUUCAUGCAGAAAAUCUAAUUUUCAUGCCCAUGAGUUUCUUGAAUUUGCUAUUUAAAUUUUUUGAAAGAUAUAAAUGUUAUUUUUAAAUUUUGACAGUUUUUGUUUAAACCCAUGAAAAAUAUGUAAAUUUAGCAUAUCGUAUUCCCCUGUUUAAAAAAUAAAUGAUAUCAAGGUGAUAUGGGUUGUGAGUGUUGAAUGAUCAUUUGUAAUUUUAACACUUAAAACUGGUAGCUGUGAACUUGAAAUAAGAAUUGCUUCUUAUAUUUAUUUUUGGCUAGUAAAAUGCUUGAAAUCUUUGAUUUGAUUGAAUCUGUCUGUCACCUCAUCAUUUGGGAAUAAUUUCUCUUAGAAAUCAAUCUUGAUUGAUGCUUGAAUUAUUUUUGCACUAGCAAUACAAUUUCAUUGUAACACUGUUUUCUUCAGGGUUUCCUCUUUUCAAUUUUAUGCUUAGACCCAGACCCAGGGAGAACUGGCGGGCGGUACUAGCAAUCCUUUUGUCCAGGCCAAUAUAUCGGCAUUGACCGGCACCCUGACUAUGGAGUCAUCCACAUCAUCAGAAGCUAUGGGAAUAGAUAUAGGAGAUGACGCGGUUGUCAGCAGAUCACAUUUAUCUGAAAAACAACUACAAAUCAAGCAAAGUUUUGAAGAGAAAGAAAGGCUUGAGGCUAAGCGAACUGCCAGUGACGAGAAAAGGAAAAAAAAACAUGUACGCACUUUAUUUAAAGUAUACAAAUAGCGAUGAAUUUUUGUAUUUGACUUAAAAAAUAGAUAUUAAUCUUAGUUCUUGAAAGUACUUACAAAUCGGAAAAUGCUUGGUUUCAAUGGAUAGGAACGGGAAAGAAUUCUCAAGGAAAUCCAAGAAGACAGAGAGAAGGCUAAGUUAACAAAGCAAUCUAAAUUAGACCUUCACGCCACACAACCACAAAUCAACCAACUGCCCACCACUUUGCGAGAAUCUCCAGAUGGACAGGAGGACGUUACUACAACCAGCAUACAGGUAAACUUACAUCGAAUAGCUCUUUAGUAAAAGGGAGAGAUGUGCAUUGAGAUUAAUAUUUUAUUCUUAAAUUGGAUUAAGAAAUUAUUUUUCUAAUUAAUAAUCAAUAAAUUCUGUGACUGAUGUUCAAUCCCAGGUCAGGCUGCCAUCUGGACAAAUGUACAGACAGAGUUUUUCAGUGAGCUCUACGUUGAGUGAUGUGUGGGACUCGGUUUACAGUCUCCUUAAAACAGCCAUGAAUGCACACUCAGGAUUCAUACAGGUGGGAAAAGUAGCAGAAAUAAACAACUGAGUGCAGUGUUAUAAGUUAUGACAAACAGACCAAGCAACAAACCUGAGAAACUGUAUUUCUUUAACUUACAAAUAGUACUAUUCAUUUGCUUUUGUGUCCUUAAUCUUUGUGGACUUCUGAGAUAAUCUAUUUCGUUCCUUUUGAUAUCCCAGCCAUUUCCAAGAAAAGAAUUUUCCAGAGAAGAAAUGCGCCUUACCCUGAAAGAGCUAGGACUUGUACCUUCUGGUUCACUCGUGCUGAAAAAGAAAGAUGUGCAGCAAGCUUCUCGUAUGUUACUUUUAUAUUUAUGGAAUUUAUUUUAUUGAAUUUUUUUUUGUUGAAUCUAAGAAAUUACAGGUCAGUGUCCAAUUGUUUUCUGUUCUGUUGAACUUCACUAAUGUCAUGAAAAAUUUUAUGAUUAACCCAAAGACUGAACAUAAAGGGCUCCAUAAAAUUUUAUCUUGAAUUUGAUCUCGAAUUUUUCAAAAAUUUCAGAAUGUUGAAUAAUUUUCAAAAAUUAUAUAUUAUUACCUCAGUUAUUCUUGUCAUGUGUUCUUUACCUUAAAACUGCCGCAUGUAUUGAAAUGUUCUGUUUGCUGACGGACAUGUGCCGCAUGUAUUGAAAUGUUCUGUUUGCUGACGGACAUGUGAAUAUCUUCCUGAAAGCAAUGGAUCCAAACACAGUUCAAUCUCCGAUCAUCAUGAGAGCCCUUGAUCGAGGUGUGAGAUUCAGGCGACCUGAGGAAGAUGCAGAUGAAGAUGAAGAAGAAGAUUUUAACGCUGCACCUGGUCCCCCGCAGCAUCGUUGGGGAAGAGGUUUUCGGGUUGAAGAUGCUGAAAAUGAAAACAGGGAUGAGCCAAUGGAUGUUGGUAAUAAAUUAGCUUCAAAUAAGUUUCCAUAUUUUACAAGUCUAGCUUUACAAUGUAUAAUAAAUACCUCCAUAGAGAGCCUUAGCUAAUGAAAACUUACAUCUGAGAGCCUAGCUUAUAAAAACUUACAUCAGAGAGCCUAGCUUAUAAAAACUUACAUCUGAGAGCCUGCCUUAUGAAAUCUUACAUCUGAGAGCCUAGCUUAUGAAAUCUUACAUCUGAGAGCCAAGCUUAUAAAAACUUACAUCAGAGAGCCUAGCUUAUAAAAACUUACAUCAGAGAGCCUAGCUUAUAAAAACUUACAUCUGAGAGCCUAGCUUAUAAAAACUUACAUCAGAGAGCCUAGUUUAUAAAAAAUUUACAUCUGAGAGCCUAGCUUAUAAAAACUUACAUCUGAGAGCCUAGCUUAUAAAAACUUACAUCUGAGAGCCUAGCUUAUGAAAACUUACAUCUGAGAGCCUAGCUUAUAAAAACUUACAUCUGAGAGCCUAGUUUAUAAAAAAUGUAUAUCUGAGAGCCUAGUUUAUGAAAACUUAACACCAGAGAGCCUAGCUGUAGUAAAUCCUGGGACUUGAUACUGAUACUAAGUGUACAUGUCACAAUGUGCUGAGUAUUCAUCUCACAAUGUGCAAAGUUUUCAUGUCACAAUGUGCCAUGUGUUCAUGUCACAAUGUGCUGAGUGUCAAUUACUUCUUCAUCCACUCAAAUUCAAUGCUUCUCUUCCAUCCUGUCGGGUAGAUUAAAACAGCACCCACCAUACAACAUUAUACAGAAAGUUGAAAGUAGUUAUUGUAGAUUUGCAUAAGCAACAUGGCUGUGUCUACUCUUUCAGGUGAGGAUAACAUUGAACAUUUCAUAGUUCGCAAUCCAUUUGAUCAGAUCAGAGGUUUGGCAGCCCAUCCGAUGUUGGGAAAUAAUCAACGUUUCGAAGGCUUUGGUAACAGACUUGUGCCGGAAGGUGUCCCAGGGGAUAACAACAGACAUUUAAACAGAAGGCCGCUUGAAAUGGCAGGUAUGUGUUCAAUCUGUCACUUGAAAUGGCAGGUAUGUGUUCAAUCUGUCACUUGAAAUGGCAGGUAUGUGUUCAAUCAGUCACUUGAAAUGGCAGGUAUGUGUUCAAUCAGUCACUUGAAAUGGCAGGUAUGUGUUCAAUCAAUCACUUGAAAUGACAGGUAUGUGUUCAAUCAGUCACUUGAAAUGACAGGUAUGUGUUGAAGCAGUAAGAAAUGACAGGUAUGUGUUCAAUCAGUCACUUGAAAUGGCAUGUAUAUGUUCAAUCAGUCACUUGAAAUGGCAGGUAUGUGUUCAAUCAGUCACUUGAAAUGGCAGGUAUGUGUUCAAUCAGUCACUUGAAAUGGCAGUUAUGUGUUCAAUCUAUAACUUAAAAUGGCAGGUAUGUGUUCAAUCUACCACUUGAAAUGCCAGUUAUGUGUUCAAUCUAUAACUUGAAAUGGCAGGUAUGUGUUCAAUCUAUAACUUAAAAUGGCAGGUAUGUGUUCAAUCUACCACUUGAAAUCCCAGUUAUGUGUUCAAUCUAUCUAUUCAUUAUUCUGGUUUCAAUGUCUCCUUCAGUAACGCCCUCGCUUUGUUUCUAAUGUUAUCUUUGAUUGUUUCAAAUGUAUUAAAUUGUUUGGUCACUGAAGAAAGCUUCUUGCCGACACAUUCAUUGCUAUUUUCCCUUAUUUACUUCUACAAUAAUGGUUAAUGUAGCUUUUUGAGAUGUGUAUGAUCAGUUCAAUCUAAAACAAGUUUGUUUCUCUCUCAGAUUUCAAUCUAGUGUUGUUUAUUCUCUCCCAUGUUAUUCCUUUAAUUAAUUUUCCUGGCUCAGGCAGCAGCAAUAUUCCUGACUGAGAUAGAAGCAAUAUUCCUCUGUAGUUAGAGCUUUAGUGCAAGCCAUUAUUCUUUGGUAACGUCGCUAAAUCACCUUUGGGAUUUCUUCCUGGUUCAAAACCCGUUCAAUACCUUUUUAGCACCCUGUUGGCCUUCUGUAUUCCUGCCUGGUUAGGUGUAUAGCAGUUCAUCGUUAUGAUUGUUUUGUAUUAAACUAUUCCUGUAAAAAAACGUUAAGUCUAAUUUUUUCAUUCCCUUAUACACAAUUACAUUCAUUUAAAAAAUAUGUUUUUUUUUUGCCAAAUUAAAAUGUAAAUUUGUUUCAGAUAAUCAUUUCAUAGUAAUUUUUGUUGUUGGUUUCACUUUUUAACGACAGCUUUCCUGUGUUUUAGCUGAAGCCGCAGCUCAAAGAUCAACACAGCCACAUGUACAGGAAAUCAUAGAGCCGAGGGCAUCUCACUCUGAGCACUUUUAUAGUGUUCGCAGCCUCCAAGACUUGGCAAUGUACAUGUUGGCGCGACGACUCACUGACCCGAGAAUUCCCAUUUUUUCAAUGUCCGGUUUAUCAGAGGAGCUGUUGCAAAAAUUUCUGUCCUACCUCAUGAAGGAAAGUUUACUGAAAGCAAAGAUUUUGCAUCUCAUGCCAAGGUGCUUACAUUUUAUACAUACAUGUAUGUUGAUUAAUGGGUAGCAAGAAAUUUCACAUAUUAAUGUUUCAUUGUAACAUGACUAUUUUUAAACUAUAAUCUAAAAACAACACAGUAUAGUGUAAGAAACUUUUUUGGAAUAAGUUAUUAAUUUUUUCAAUCAAUCAAAUACGAUGAAUGAGUCAUUACAUAAUCUAAUUAAAGCUACUACAGAAUCUCAAUUGAGUUAUGUACUAUGCAGACACACAUACUCCUUAACAGAGGCUAGAAAAUAACUAUUUAAACCCGCACACUCCUUCACAGAGACUAGAAAAUAACUAUUUAAACCCACACACUCCUUCACAGAGGCUACAUUAACACCAGUAUGUUUCUGUUUCAGCUACCUGUUUAAAUUGGUCCUAGAUUUUUAUCCUUAUGCCACAAAUGAGUUAUUACACGCAGUUAGGUAAGUGCAUAUAGUUUAUAAUAUGCUUUGAACUAGGCUUCCAUAUUUUUUAGGACUUUAUCCUAGAAUUUAAGAAUUUUAUCCCAAAGAUGUGCCUCAGAAAAAUUAUUAGAAAAAGUAAUGUAAGAACAAGUAUUCUCUAAGUGUAAUUGGGUUCAACAAAACCUUAUCUUUUAUUUUUAAACAGGAUGUUUGUGAACCUUCACACACUCAGCCUCAACUCUUGCACGCUGAUCACAGACAGUGGUCUGGUUUCUAUCAAAGGUAACUACAUCAGCAUAUCACUCAGAUCACAGAAUGUGGUGGUCUGGUUUCUAUCAAAGGUAACUACAUCAGCAUAUCACUCAGAUCACAGAAUGUGGUGGUCUGGUUUCCAUCAAAGGUAACUACAUCAGCAUAUCACUCAGAUCACAGAAUGUGUUGGUCUGGUUUCUAUCAAAGGUAACUACAUCAGCAUAUCACUCAGAUCACAGAAUGUGGUGGUCUGGUUUCCAUCAAAGGUAACUACAUCAGCAUAUCACUCAGAUCACAGAAUGUGUUGGUCUGGUUUCUAUCAAAGGUAACUACAUCAGCAUAUCACUCAGAUCACAGAAUGUGGUGAUCUUGUUUAAUCUAAUUGACAUUAAUAUGUUACAAAAAUAGGGGAUAAUAAAUGAAGGACUCCUUUCAAGCUUUGUGAAGGAAAUAGUGGAACGAAGCACGUGGAAGCUUGCAAUCUUGUCCUUAAUAUGUCAGGCUUCCACAUACCACACACCUUGUCUUCUAUUUCCCUUACCAAAAUAAAGGUGUUUAAAAUUAAAUAUUUAAAUUGAAGUUGAAACCUUCUGAAACAGUAAUAAUUCUAUUUGUUGUGCAGGACUGAAGGCAUUGAGAGUGCUCAACUUAAGUGGCUGUAGUCAAAUAACUAAUGCAUGUUUUCCUGUGCUUCAAGGUUAGUACUUCAUUAAUACUAGGAUUUUAUAGUUAGUCAAUUUUUUUUAGACAAUUAAUUGUCAUUACAGCUCUGAGCUAAGCUUAUUUUUCUUGUGAAAAUAAAUGUGUAUUUAUUUGUGAUCAUUGUUUGAGUUCUAUUCAUGAAACCAUUACAAUGAUAGUUCAUUUUUUUCAAAUAGUCUUGUUUUUCCAUGUCUCUUCAGAGUAGAUUUUUACAGAAAUUGUAUGUUCGUUAUUUCUAUGUUGAUCAGAGCUCAAGAAUCUUCAGACUCUGAACUUGGAGGGCACAGGUGUGACAGAUGCAGGUGUUGUUCAGUUUGCCAGCACUGAAACAAGUGCUCAAUUACUGAACCUUGACCUCAGUCGGACUUCUGUGACUCACGAGAUUUUACCAUCUUUACAAAGUAUUAGAGAAGCUAGUUAACUCAAAAAUUCAGACCUAAUUAAAAUAAUGUAUUUAAAAAAUCUAAUUUUGAAGUUUAUAUUUUACUAUUCAUUUCUUUCUGUUUUGUUAUGUUUCCAAAUAUUUAGAGAUAGAUCAUUUUACUUUUAUAAAUAUCUAGGGAUAGAUCAUUUUCUUUUAUAAAUAUCUAGAGAUAGAUCAUUUUACUUUUAUAAAUAUCUAGGGAUAGAUCAUUUUACUUUUAUAAAUAUCUAGGGAUAGAUCAUUUUACUUUUAUAAAUAUCUAGGGAUAGAUCAUUUUACUUUUAUAAAUAUCUAGGGAUAGAUCAUUUUACUUUUUUUAAAUAUCUAGGGAUAGAUUAUAUUACUUUUAUAAAUAUCUAGGGAUAGAUCAUUUUACUUUUUAUAAAUAUCUAGGGAUAGAUCAUUUUACUUUUAUAAAUAUCUAGAGAUAGAUCAUUUUACUUUUUUAAAUAUCUAGGGAUAGAUCAUUUUACUUUUAUAAAUAUCUAGGGAUAGAUUAUAUUACUUUUACAUAAUAGGGAUUUCCCAAAGGGUAAAAGUGGAUAAUUCAAUUGAUUUAAUUUUAAUUAAAAUAUUCUAUGUCAAACAUUUUAACCAUUUCUUUCAGACAUGAAAAAGCUGAAGUCUUUGUAUCUGAAACAUACCAAGGUAAGAGAGUAGGCUGUAGUUUUGCUGUAUUAUUUGUUUUGGUUUGGUUUGACAGAAAAUUUUCUAAAAAAGAAAGAACUGCAAUUUUGUGACAAACAUAGGUAAAAAGAAAACAAGAACAGCCUGUCUUCAGUUUGAUUUUUAAAAGUUUUUCUCAACUAUCAUUAGUACUAUGACUACAUUUGUUUAUGUCGAUGUAAAGAAAUGUUAAAGGCUAUCCAUGAUGUCUGCAGAUAAUGAGCCUCGCUGGACUUGAUGCCGUGACCAGCCUUGAAAACUUGGAUAUAUCUGACACUCACAUUGUCACCGAUUCUGUCCUGUGCCUCACACGGCUGCCAUGUCUUCACCAAAUCAGUCUGACAGGCACCCAGGAUGUACAGGGAGAUAAGGCACUCUACUACCUCAAAGGUCAGCAUUAUUUUAUAUCUAUUAAGUUCUAUUCAUAAGAAUACUAAUUCAGCUUAUUCAAACAUUAUUCUUAGGUGAUUCUUUUGCUUUAAACAAAUUGUAAACUGUGAUGUUUGUUUUCCAAAUAAAAUUUUGACCAAAUAACUAGAGUAAAUUUAAUUCAAAUGUGGUGUAGUUUUAUUUUAAUUAAGAGUAUAUUUUCCAAUUUCAUUGUCUAGAUAUGAAAUUAACAACCCUAUUUUUACCAAGUCGAACAACAACAACUGACACGGGUAUGGGAUAUAUCACAGGUAAGCAAACCUAAUUUGAUGUUGACCAUUUAGUUUGAUGAUUUUAAAUAGGCCUGAAAUUUUGUGAUGAAAGAAUGAAGCAUGAUGUGCUUAUAUUGACACUAUGGGACAAUUCUUGGAAUGAUGUGUUUAUAUUUACUCUAUGGGCCAAUUCUUGGAAUGAUGUGUUUAUAUUGACACUAUGUGCCAAGUCUUUGAAUGAUGUGUUUAUAUUGACACUAUGGGCCAAGUCUUGGAAUGAUGUGUUUAUAUUGACACUAUGGGCCAAGUCUUGGAAUGAUGUGUUUAUAUUGACACUAUGGGCCAAGUCUUGGAAUGAUGUGUUUAUAUUGACACUAUGGGCCAAGUCUUGGAAUGAUGUGUUUAUAUUGACACUAUGGGCCAAGUCUUGGAAUGAUGUGUUUAUAUUGACACUAUGGGCCAAGUCUUGGAAUGAUGUGUUUAUAUUGACACUAUGGGCCAAGUCUUGGAAUGAUUUAAACUUUUUGAUACCCUCUAGGAAAGCAGUGAAAUGUUCAAAUUUUAUAUUUCCCAACUGUUGGUCCAUUGAGUGCCAUAAAAAUCAGCUGUCACAGUGUUAGAGUGUCAUAAGCCUCUAUAUUUUCUAUGCAAUUUUAAUAUUGGUACACAGACAAAUAAAUUACUUGUGGCAAUGUAUUGUUUAAAAAAUUUCUGCACAAGUUAUUUCUUUGCCAUACAAUUUGAUAGCAGCCAUGACAUUGUGAUUUUAAUGUCCUUUUCUUUCAUCUCUAGGUUUUCAUUUAAGUGCCUUAGAUUUGACAAACUAUACCAAUGUUGGAGAUUCUGGUAUGAUGCAUAUUGGGAAAAUUGUCAGGUCAGACUACACUGCAGAAAGUUCAUGAUGAAAACAAAUACAAAUUUUUUAAAUUUUGGACUUACUUUUCUUUAACAGCCUUACUUAGUGUAACAGAAUUAUAUUAUAAAACAAAACUCCUUCAUCUUUUAAUUUUAGAAUGUACUUUUCACAGUUUAAAAAAGCUGGUCCUGACAAAUACAAAAAUUUCUGAUGAAGGCAUGCAGCAUCUUUCAGGUAUUUUAUUUUUUUUAUUUAGAUUCAUCAUAGAAUUUGAAUAAGCAUUUUAGGGGCCAUACAUUAAAUGGAUACGCAAAACAUCUUUAGAUAGGACCUUAAUUGUGGUUUAAACUUAAAAUCUCAUGUUCUUCUGAUUUAAACUAUAAAAUACCAUGUUCUUCUGAUUAAAAUUAUAAAAUCCCAUGUUCUUCUGAUUUAAAUUAUAAAAUCCCAUGUUCUUCUGAUUAAAAUUAUAAAAUCCCAUGUUCUUCUGAUUUAAACUAUAAAAUCUCAUGUUCUUCUGAUUUAAACUAUAAAAUCCCAUGUUCUUCUGGAUUUAAACUAUAAAAUCAAACGUUCUUCUGAUUUAAAUUAUAAAAUCCCAUGUUCUUCUGAUUUAAACUAUAAAAUCCUACAUUCUUCUGAUUUAAACUAUAAAAUCCCAUGUUCUUCUGAUUUAAACUAUAAAAUCCCAUGUUCUUCUGAUUUAAACUAUAAAAUCCCAUGUUCUUCUGAUUUAAACUACAAAAUCCCAUGUUCUUCUGAUUUAAACUAUAAAAUCCCACGUUCUUCUGAUUUAAACUAUAAAAUCCCAUGUUCUUCUGAUUUAAACUAUAAAAUCCCAUGUUCUUCUGAUUUAAACUAUAAAAUCCUACGUUCCUCUGAUUUAAACUAUAAAAUCCCAUGUUCUUCUGAUUUAAACUAUAAAAUCCUACGUUCCUCUGAUUUAAACUAUAAAAUCUCAUGUUCUUCUGAUUUAAACUAUAAAAUCCCAUGUUCUUCUGAUUUAAACUAUAAAAUCCCAUGUUCUUCUGAUUUAAACUAUAAAAUCCCACGUUCUUCUGAUUUAAACUAUAAAAUCCCAUGUUCUUCUGAUUUAAACUAUAAAAUCUCAUGUUCUUCUGAUUUAAACUAUAAAAUCCCAUGUUCUUCAAGAAGGCUAAGGGUGCCAAAAAUGGUGUUUUUACCGGUCGACUCCAGGUGGCUUUUUUUUUUCUCUAUAUUGAGGAGUGCCACUUUAAAUCUUCACCCUGGGCACAGCUAGGCACGGCCUUACCUUAGGUUGCUGUGGCUUCUUCUUAGGGGCCAAAUAUUGCACAAUUUUCAUAAUUCUGUUUCAUCCUUUAAUCCAAUGUGACAUCUAACGGGUCUUUAUCAAUUUGUGCCCAUCCCCUUAUUUUAUGUUUUCAAAUUGAACUUAUAAUUUAAAACAGGGCGCCUGGUGAAAAACUAAAUUUGGCAAGAAGUGGAACCUAUGUGUACUAAAUAUUACUGUUACUACUAUUAUUACUACUACUACUACUACUGAGUACUACUAGAGCAAUGUCUAGUGAAUUCACUUGUAAAAUCACAAAACGCAAUAUUUUGACAUUAACUCUUAUAAAAUAUUGCAUUAUAUUUUUAUAGCCUGAUUACGCUAGCUAUAGACUGUCCGAAUUUCCUGAUAAUUAUUGCAGAAUUUUGUAAUAAAUGAAUGUACAUUUUGCCGAGACACCCCCCUCCACGCAGGCUUGCUCAAAAUCUACAACAUCCUCUUAGUCCCUAUUAACUGAGAUGGCCCCUUAGUUAAUGCAUUCUCAUAAUUCAAUCAAGGUGAUUGCAAUAAAACAACUCAAAAAGAAUUGUUUACUUUUUUUUAUAAAAUUACUUUUAAUUCAUGUCAUUCCUAACAAUUGAUGUUUCUUCACUUCCUAAGUGAUUAGAUGCUUUCUAAACAACCUUUAAUGUUAGAGUGAUUAUAUUUUCUCUAGUUUAUUUAAGGAUCAAAAUUUGUUUGUUUUUUUGUCAUAAAGUAUCUAUUGGUAGUUAUAAAGUUUGCUGCCAGUUUUUUCACUCCAGCGAGGUACAAAUAAUGUUUUAGGAAAAUGUAAUUUUUUCAAAUUUUUUUGUAUUUAAUACAGGCCUUGUAAAUCUUGAAGUUUUAUUCUUGGACAGAACAUUGGUAUCCAACGCUGGUGCUGCUGUAGUCGUCUGUAAGUGUUGAGUCUCUCACCUUUUAGUUUAUAAACAAUUCAUGUCAACAAUAACUGUCUCCACUUUAAAAUGUUCAUGCUAUAAGAUUGUUAGUCAACAUUAAAUAGUAAUUAUCUUUCCAUUAAACCUCAACAGAUUUCAAAAACUUGAAUGAGCUUAGUCUUUCAGCCACAAGGUGAGACCAGUUAAUGUGGGAAUGACACUUAAGCUUGCUUACUUGCAAAAUUUAGAUAAAAUGUUUUAGGGAUAAAUGGGGUUGGAAAGAAAAAAAAAGUAUGCCAUUAUUAUUAUUUUUUUAUGUGAUAUUGAUCAUAAUUGUUUGUUAAAGUUGCAUGAUUUUCAUUUCUCUUCAUUGACAGUGUCACAAGUGACUUGCUGAAACAGGGCUCACUGAACCAAUGUAUUAACCUAACUAAAUUGAACUUGAGUAGGACAAUCAUUGGAGACAAAGGUAAAUGACAUUUAUUUGUUUGACCAAAUGAUUAGCAAAUAAAAUAGUUUGGUAUAUAACCAACAAUUAAAUUGUAUUAUGUACCUGAGAUUUUACUUUUUGUGUUGUUGAUCCCACCUCUGUUUAUACUCCCUUGUAUUUCACAUUAGCUCUUAUAUAGCUCUUAUAAUUUAUUUAUUUUUGGAUUUCCUAUCAUUGGGAUAUUUCCUGCCUAUUCCAGGAAUUGUCAACCUGAGGCUGCCUAACCUACUGAUGUUGAACUUGGAUUGUACCAGGGUUCACCCACAGUCAGUUGACAUCAUAGAGACCAACUGUCCUAAUGUCAAAUCUGUUACCAUUGCUAAUCUUGCUUCAUUAAUGGAAGACGAGGAAAAUUGAAGCUAGUAUUCAUCUGGUUAUCAACUGCUGUGAAGCCAAUAUCACCUUGUUCAUUUCAUCUUUUACCCAUGUCAUAAAUAUCUCAAAUAUAAGAAGAUUGUUUUUAGAACUAAACGAAAAAAUUGACAUUUUUAAACACAUCAAAUAUAAGAAGAUUGUUUGUAGAACUAAUUGAAAUAUAUUUAUAAUUUCAGUGCAUGUGUCCAAGAUAACUGAGGAAAAGUUCCUUUUUUAUUUGACUAACCGAAUUAAAAUGAUUUUAAGCAACAUCACCUCCAGUCACAAUUAUUAAACUUUUAUAAAGUAUGCAGAAAGUUUCAUGAGAAUUCUAAAUGAUUUUGGUUCCCCAAAACUUUAGUAGCAUGAAAGAACUUAAAAUUAAGAGGAGAGCAACAGUAUAACUCUUAUCCAGAAGUAGAGGCUUGCAUUUUAUCUGAACUGUCCAUAUAUUUUAAUAAGUAGUCAUACUAAUUUAUUAAAAUGCUAUAUCCAUUAAAAGUCUUGUAAAAUAAAUUCCCUCUAAUCAAGAAAUGUAAAUUUUAAUGAUUUAAUUGUACAAAUAUUAUCAAUUCAAGAGAUCUUGCUUGGUGCAAUGGAGCAGAUGUUUCAAUUUGUGUUGUGGAAAUAAUUUUGUCAUGAGACAUAAACAUUUGUGGUUGUCAUUGAUCAUGUUUGCUGCAUUUAUUUAAAUAUUAAAUCAUUAAAAUAGGGUUUUAGAAUACAAGUUGAGUUUUUAUGAAAUAUAAUACAUUUUAGCAAAACAAGGUUGGAGCCCAACUUGACCUUGAACAUUAAAAUCUCCACUACACACUGAACAUUAAAUAACCAAACCAGAUAUGGGCAGACAAUAUCUUAAAUUUGUGUGCAGAAGCAUUAAGGGCAAAAUUUCAGUUUGAGUCAGAAUUAAAUGUAAUGGCAAUAUUUUCAACUUUCAUGGUCUUAUGAGGAUAUUGGACAAAUAGUCAAAAAGCACAAAUAUACAAGGCCACAUCACUACUAGACUAGUUAAUGUUUCUUAAUUUCAAACCUGUAAUGUAUUUUUUUCCUGGAUAAUUUAAGGGUGUCACAAUAACACUACUUUGCAAUUAAACCUCUCAAAUAAGCAGUUCAGGUUUAAAAUUAUUCAUUAAUAUACUGCUACACCUCUGCACUGAACAUAAUUACUAGCAUGUAGUGGCACAUAUUGAUUAGGAUUUUUAUGGUAAUGCAGAUUUUUCUCGCUUCCCUUCCCCAAAGAUAAGACUUAUAUUUAAAUUCUCUCAGCUUAUGUGCAUGCCUCCUAUUUUUAAACCUUUAUCAUUAUCAUUUUUUUUUCUUGUGUUAAAUUGG